CACCACUGCAAGCGAGUCAGAGAAAAAGAUCCUGAAAGUACUGAGAAACUGUAAUGCCUAAAUUAUCCGAGGGUAGCCAAACCCCGAAAUCAGAUAAACUAAAGCCAUGCGGAGAAGCAGAGACGGAUGCCGUGCCACCCGCCAGCGGGUCGCGGGAAACAAGUGCAACACGCCGACAUUGGCGAAUGCUUCGGCGCAUUUCACGACUGCGCGGGCGCCACCCCAACACACCGUCGCUGUUACGGCGAGCAGGACAUCGACCCCAGCGGUCGUUGGCACGCCACGUUCCAGACGACGCUAUGCAACAAUUGCUUCGCGCCGCCCGCUCCGUACGACAUUGUCGACAUUCAACUGAACAUUACUAACUAUGCCGUUAAUGUACUAACAUGAAAAUGAUUUAUUGGACACAAAAUUACGUGACAAACAUUUUUGUUUCUUUAGUUUACUGUGUAUAAACUCAAAAUAU